UCAUUUACUACUUCCGGUUAGCAGUGUUUCGGUUUUUAACGAUAGGAAAGUGGAACCGUAGUUUCAUUUCAUCCAGAUAUACUACAGUGAAAUCUGCAUGCAGCUGAGAGGGGAGAAGCAUGAAAGUGAAGGUGAUCUCCAUUCUGGAGGAUAACUACAUGUACCUGGUCAUUGGGGAGCAAAGCCGAAUGGCCAUAGCGGUGGACCCUGCUGUCCCUCACCGGCUUCUGGAUAUCAUUAAACGAGAGGGGCUUUCUCUCACUGCAGUUCUCACCACUCAUCACCACUGGGACCAUGCUCGUGGGAAUGAAACCUUGGUGAAGGAGGUUCCGGGACUGAGAGUGUAUGGAGGAGAUGACCGCAUCAAUGCUCUGACUGACAAAGUUACCAAUGCUCAAGAGCUCAAGUUUAACUCAAUCAAUGUGAGGUGCCUGUUCACUCCCUGUCACACCUUAGGCCACAUGUGCUACUUUGUUUGGGAGGAUGACUGCACCGAUGCUCCAGCUGUCUUUACUGGGGACACACUGUUUGUGGCAGGAUGUGGGCGGUUUUUUGAAGGAACUGCCGAGCAGAUGUACCACAACUUGACUGAGGUCCUGGGCACCUUACCACAGGAAACAAAGGUCUUUUGUGGACACGAGUACACCAUCAAGAACCUGAAAUUUGCAUUGAAAGUGGAGCCUGAGAAUGAGAAGGUGAAACAGAUGCUAACAUGGGCCAGGGCUAGGGACGACGAUGACAAACCUACAGUCCCGUCAACCUUAAUAGAGGAGUUUGAGUACAACCCUUUUCUGCGUCUCUCCGAGGAAAGCGUUCAGAAGUUCACAGGGAAGACCAAUCCCGUCGACGUGCUGAGGGUGCUCCGAAAAGAGAAAGACAACUUUCAGAAACCCAAGGAGCGUAUGCCUCCCCAGGCCAUGCUGGCUCUCCAGUGGGACCUCCUCGGGGCAUCCUCUUGUCUACCCAAGACCUGAAUGAGAAUGGCCAUGAGCAGACUGAUUGCUGUGGUUGGCAGCACCUGAAAUGCCUCUCUGGAGUGGAAGGACACAAGUUUUGGGAGAGAUUAAGUGUCUCAGUCCAAUUGUAGGUCACUCCCAAAGGUUCAUUAUCUCACCAUGUGCAUGUCAUAAUGUUUUCAAAUUGUCUGCACCACACCCAAUCAAUAAAUAAUAUUCACUUUAUAGCUGACUGGAUGUGUCCAGCAGACAGAGCUCCUAAAACCAUUCAACUAUUGUUGAAUUGUGAGUGACUCACAAAUGAUGGUUUUAUUCCCUUUAAAAUGAAUUUUCUUGGCAGCAUUCCUUUUCUGAUAAGGCCCUUUGCAUAAAAUUAGCUGGAAAGUAAACACCCCCGCAACUUUAUUUGAUUUUUUGACUACUUGAAGUGUUCCAGAUGCAAAUCUGUGUCUGUAAUGUAUGGUUGCUAUAAAUUACCUAUAGUUAUGCGAGGAAUUUUUAGUUCUAACAUUUCUAACAGG